CGACGACGAACCUUCCUUUCUCUCUCACUUGCUUGUCUGCUGCCGACAGUCUGCGACAAUGAGGCCCUCAGAAAUCCGUAGGAGUGACAUGCCUGGCCCCAAGGUCUACAACCUUUGGUGGGGCGACAGGGGUAACCAGAAGCAGAAGGGCAUCGUUCAGUACUCUAUGUCGCCGUUCAAGCAGCGCGCGGUACACAACCUCUUCCGCAGCUACAUCUUCAACGGUUACCGCCGCCUGUCUUCGCAGGCUGUCUACUGGGUCAUUCCUUUCGCCCUUGGCUACGGCACCUACACGUGGGCCAAGCGCUACGACGCAUGGCAAAACAGCAAGGCAGCGCAUGUCGCAGGUCACGGCGCCCACUGAGCUUUCUAGAGCAUGUGUACACACCUGGACGCAUCUUAUAUUCAAUAGAGCUGGUGCCUAAUCCAUUCGUUCGGGGACACUCGGGUGACGCGCUUUGUCGCUAGCUGAGUUCUCCU